AUGGGGAGGUCCGUCUGCUGGUUCUGUUUAGGAGUGUUGGUUGUCAACCUGAGUCCCAGCUGCUCUGCCGUCGUCCUGGAUUCCGUCUAUUGGAAUUCUUCAAAUCCCAAGUUCUCUCCUGGACGGGGGCUGAUCCUGUUCCCUCAGAUAGGGGAUAAAAUGGACAUCGUGUGUCCCCGGGUGAGGCCAGGGGUGGUGGAGAACAAGGAACCAGAGUACUACCGCGUGUACCUGGUGACCCGGGAACAACUCCACAGCUGCAGCAUCAGCCAAUCGGACACCCCGUUACUCAACUGUGACAAGCCGGACAGAGACGUGAAGUUCACCUUCAAGUUCCAGGAGUUCAGCCCUAAUCUCUGGGGCCUGGAGUUUUUCAAGGGAAGGGAAUACUAUAUCACCUCGACCUCCACCAGCUCUCUACAGGGCCUGGACAACACUGAUGGAGGGGUGUGUAGAGCCACAUCCAUGAAGCUGGUACUGAGAGUAGGACAGAGUUCCUCCAAACCCCUUCCUCUCCCUGAAGAGCCUCCCACCAGGUUCCCCCCUCAGCACCCUGAGGCCGCAGACAAGGAGCUUCCCAUUAAAGACAAUGAUGUGACGAACAAUGCUGGUAUCGAAGGAGACAUUGACACAGAAGGCGGAGCCUCGUCAACAGAAGGCGGAUCCAUCGGCUCUGAGGUCGGACUCUUCGUUGGCGUGGCCUGUGGCAUCGUCCUCCUCCUAUUGGUCAUCGUGGUCCUACUGAUGGUGGUGUGGCGGUACCACAGGCGCCACACCACGCCGGACAGGGACGUCCAACAGUCUCUGUCCCUCAACACCCUGGCCACGCCCAAGAGAGACAGCUACGGAGGGAGUAGCGAGGACAUCCGGUCAGAGCCCAGCCACACGGUGUUUCCUCUGAGGCCCUCUGACUCCGUGUUCUGUAGGCACCAUGAGAGGGUCAGUGGAGACUACAGACAUCCUGUUUAUAUGGUACAGGAGAUGCCUCCACAGAGUCCUACUAAUUUAUACUACAAGGUCUGAGGGACCUGUGGGUCUUCUCACAGCGGCCAAGGACCAAUGGAAUGAAUGAGGAGUUGUUCAGUCCCCCGUGAGGAAGAGACGUCCUCGCUGUGUGCUUUAUGAAGUCAGUGGGCCAAGGACCAAUGGAAUGAAUGAGGAGUUGCUCAGUCCCCCAAUGAGGAAGAGACGUCCCCGCUGUGUGCUUUAUGAAGUCAGUGGGCCAAGCUGUGUGCUUUAUGAAGUCAGUGGACCAAGCUGUGUGCUUUAUGAAGUCAGUGGGCCAAGCUGUGUGCUUUAUGAAGUCAGUGGGCCAAGCUGUGUGCUUUAUGAAGUCAGUGGGCCAAGCUGUGUGCUUUAUGAAGUCAGUGGGCCAAGCUGUGUGCUUUAUGAAGUCAGUGGGCCAAGCGGUGGUUUCAGGCCUGGGACGUGAACAUG